AUGGCUGAGCCUGGGCGCAGCCGCUGUCCCUCCGCCAGAGGCAGAGGGAAGAUUGAGAGGCGCACACUCGGGCUUGUGCGGCUGCUGCUGUGGGCUGGGAUCGCCUUCCAUGUGGCCCAGGGAACCGAACCGGAGCUUCAUGCCUGCAAAGAGUCUGAGUACCACUAUGAGUACACCGCGUGUGACAGCACGGGUUCCAGGUGGAGAGUCGCCGUGCCACAUACUCCCGGCCUAUGCACCAGCCUCCCUGAUCCCGUCAGGGGCACUGAGUGCUCCUUCUCCUGCAAUGCCGGGGAGUUUCUGGAUAUGAAGGAGCAGUCCUGCAAGCCAUGUGCUGAAGGCCGCUACUCCCUGGGUACGGGCAUCCGGUUCGAUGAGUGGGAUGAGCUGCCCCAUGGCUUUGCCAGCCUCUCUGCCAACAUGGAGAUUGAUGACGGCACUAAUGAAUCCACGGAGAACUGCACCUUGUCCAAGUGGACCCCCAGGGGUGACUACAUCGCCUCCAACACAGAUGAGUGCACAGCCACGCUCAUGUAUGCAGUCAACCUGAAGCAGUCCGGCACAGUCAAUUUCGAAUACUACUACCCGGAUUCCAGCAUCAUCUUCGAGUUUUUCGUUCAGAAUGACCAGUGCCAACCCAAUGCCGAUGACUCCCGGUGGAUGAAAACCACUGAAAAAGGAUGGGAAUUCCACAGCGUGGACCUAAAUCGGGGCAAUAACGUCCUCUAUUGGAGAACCACCGCCUUCUCCGUGUGGUCGAAGGUCUCCAAGCCUGUGCUGGUGAGAAACAUCGCCAUCACAGGGGUGGCCUACACAUCCGAGUGCUUCCCCUGCAAGCCCGGCACCUACGCAGACAAGCAGGGCUCCUCGUUCUGCAAGCUUUGCCCAGCCAACUCGUACUCCAAUAAAGGGGAAACUUCCUGCCACCCUUGUGACCCCGACAAAUAUGCAGAGAAGGGCUCUUCCUCCUGCAAGGUGCGCCCAGCCUGCACAGACAAAGAUUAUUUCUACACACACACGGCCUGUGACGCCAAUGGAGAGACACAGCUCAUGUACAAAUGGGCCAAGCCGAAAAUCUGCAGCGAAGACCUGGAAGGGGCAGCAAAGCUGCCUGCAUCUGGUGUGAAGACCCGCUGCCCACCCUGUAACCCAGGCUUCUUCAAAACCGAAAACAGCACCUGCGAGCCCUGCCCGUAUGGCUCCUUCUCCAAUGGCUCCGUUUGUACCCACUGCCCAGCAGGAACGGAGCCAGCUGUAGGGUUUGAAUACAAAUGGUGGAAUAUGCUGCCCACAAACAUGGAAACGACAGUUCUCAGCGGGAUCAACUUCGAGUACAAAGGCUUGACAGGCUGGGAGGUGGCUGGCGAUCACAUUUACACUGCUGUUGGAGCUUCGGACAAUGACUUCAUGAUUCUCACUCUGGUUGUGCCAGGAUUCAGGCCUCCGCAGUCGGUGAUGGCAGACACAGAGAAUAAAGAGGUGGCCAGGAUCACAUUUGUCUUUGAAACCAUCUGUACUGUGAACUGUGAACUCUACUUCAUGGUGGGCAUGAAUUCCAGAACCAACACUCCCGUGGAAACAUGGAAAGGCUCCAAAGGCAAGCAGUCCUACACCUACACCAUUGAGAAGAACGCCAGCAUGAGCUUCACCUGGGCCUUCCAGAGGACCACACUGCAUGAGACGGGCAGGAUGUACACCAACGAUGUUGCCAAGAUCUACUCCAUCAACAUCACCAAUGUUAUGGAUGGGGUGGCCUCCUACUGCCGUCCCUGUGCCCUGGAGGCCUCUGACAUGGGCUCCUCCUGUACUUCUUGUCCUGCUGGUCACUACAUCGACCGAGAUACGGGAACGUGCCACCUGUGCCCCACUAACACAAUCCUGAAAGCCCACCAGCCAUAUGGUGCCCAGGCCUGUGUGCCCUGUGGCCCAGGGACCCAGAGCAACAAGAUCCAGUCACUGUGCUACAAUGACUGCACCUUCUCCCGCCACACUCCAUCCAGGAAUUUGGAGUACAACUUCUCGGCUUUGGCAGACAUCAAAACCCUGGCGGGAGGGCCAAGCUUCACAUCCAAGGGACUGAAGUAUUUCCAUCACUUCACUGUCAGUCUGUGUGGAAACGAGGGUAAGAAGAUGUCAGUGUGCUCAGACAAUGUCACCGACCUCCGGAUUCCCGAUGGCGAAUCAGGAUUCUCCAAGUCCAUCUCAGCCUAUAUCUGCCAGGCAGUCAUCAUUCCCCCGGAGGUAACAGGCUACAAGGCUGGGGUGUCCUCACAGCCUGUUAGCCUGGCUGAUCGACUUAUUGGCGUAUCAACAGAUUUGACUUUGGAUGGGAUCACUUCUCCUGCUGAGCUCUUCCACCCAGAGACCACAGGGAUACCAGAUGUGAUCUUCUUUUAUAGAUCUAAUGAUGUGACCCAGUCCUGCAGUUCUGGAAGAGCAACCACCAUUCGCGUCAGGUGCAACCCACUGAAGCCUAACCCAGGAGUUCUGUCGCUGCCCAACAUGUGCUCCGAGGGGACCUGUGAUGGCUGCAACUUCCACUUCCUGUGGGAAAGCGUGGCUGCUUGCCCGCUCUGUUCAGAUGCUGACUACCACGCUUUUGUCAGCAGCUGCGUGGCUGGGAUCCAGAAAACUACUUAUGUGUGGCGCGAGCCAAGGAUCUGCUCGGGUGGCAUCUCCCUGCCCGAGCAGAAGGUCACCAUCUGCAAGACCAUCGACUUCUGGCUCAAAGUGGGCAUCUCUGCUGGCACCUGUACUGCUGUCCUGCUCACCGUCUUGACCUGCUACUUCUGGAAGAAGAAUCAAAAACUAGAAUACAAGUAUUCCAAGCUGGUGAUGAACGCCACGCUCAAGGACUGCGACCUUCCCGCAGCCGACAGCUGUGCCAUCAUGGAAGGGGAGGACGUGGAGGAUGAUCUCAUCUUUACCAGCAAGAAGUCCCUCUUUGGGAAGAUCAAAUCGUUUACCUCCAAGAGAACUGCUGAUGGCUUUGAUUCGGUGCCACUGAAGACAUCCUCAGGGGGUCCGGACAUGGACCUGUGAGAGACUGUGCCCACCCUGAACCAGACCGGCCUCCUCACCUCAGCACGUCACCCUGAGAGCCUGUGGCAACCUGGGUAACCAACACCCUGCGAAGACGUAGCCCAUUGCUGGGAAUCUCUUCAUUGUGGCCUUAACAGAAGGAGUUGGAAUUUCAGAGCUUUGAUUUGUUUUUUGUUUUGUUUUUUUUUAUAUAUAUAUAUAGAAUACCAAAACCCUCCUUUCUGCUUGCCUCAACCCUCCAAAUACACCAACAACAUUGUUUCUA